GGUUAUGAACGUUACUUCAAACACCUAAAUGGCGGCUUUGUCAUUACAAUGUAGUGAAUCUAACCCGUGAACGAAGGAAUUAGAGCCCUCAAAAAGCUCCCCAGAUGUCUAAUGACAGUGAAAUACUCGGUAGAAGACCACACUCGCCUCGGGCCCUCAUAAUAUCGAAAUCCCAGUGUCCGGAGGGCAAUUGGUUUGCCAUUGAGCCUCAGGCGACACUCGCCACCAACGAUUGUCAACGAAACGUGCAACUGGCAUCAACAAACCUCUGGAUUUCCGACAAUAAAGAGAGAAAUUGCGACUUGGGGGAGGUUGAGUCCAUGAUCAUCGCUUCUCGAGGCUGGAAUGGAUAUCACGUCCAACCCACCAGAAAUGAAGACCCCCCGCGGUCGCCGCGCCCCAAGGACGCCCCCAGACCGCACCCCAAGACGGUGGAGGACAUCGAGAAAUGGCUGAAGACCCGUCCGGACGCGCCGACCGCAAUGGACCCCCUGAAACAAGAGCUGGAGACAGUGGACAGGUACCUCUCCUCCCCCUUCCUCGAGAAGGACCAGGACGUCCUGUCCAUCGACAUCGACUACCCCGACAAAAAGCUGACCCUGGGGUACGACCCCCCCUACGACCAAUUCCAAGAGCUCCACAACGAGAAAUACCUGGAGGUCUGCAAGGACGGCUUCACCCUGCCGGAGUUCCCUCUGGACAACCUGGACCCCCUGACGCUCGCCAACAACGACAUGAUGGUGGCAGGUGAGAUCCUGCCGUCCACCAGCAGUCAGCCCGAGGAUUACCCCCAGGACCCAGAGGAGUCGAACCCCGAAGAGGCACCUCCAGAGGUCCACGAAAAUCCCCCAAUCCCUGACUUUGCCCUGACGACUCCCCAGGAGGCUGAGAAAAUCGAAAUUCCUCGAGAGGAAAUGAGCCCUGAGGACGACGUCCUGACCCUCGAGGACUUCAGACCCUCGGCUACCCCCCCAGGAGGGAGUUUCUCAUGUUCUGGAGGGAAAAUUGAACCUGGAGUGGUGAAAAAACGAAGGAAACUCUUCAAGAUUGAGGACAAUCGCUUGCAAUAUGACGAGGGAGAUAUUCAGACUGAUAAUAAGGACGGGAUAAUGGCGGUUGUGGCAAUAUCAACUGAUAAGAUAUCCAACAUGACGCAGAUUGUCAUCAAUACUGGAAAGGAGGAGCAGAUCUACCAGGGGAAGACGUCGGAGUUGAUGGAGGCCACUGGCUACUUUCCGAAUAUUCCGAAGAUGGAUGGGGCUGGGUGCUGGAGGGAGGCUGGGGGCACCAGCCACGAGGUCAUCAUCACGAAUGCCCUGGAGGAGCUGGGGUUCACUGAGGAGGGGCUGGUGUCGAUGGCCCUCGUGGUGACGGAGAAUGGAAAGACUUGGGUCUGUCCCAAGGAGGAGUGCAGGAGGGAGUUCAAUAGGUUGUAUGCGCUUAAGGGACAUCUGCUGGCGCACUACGGGGUCAGGCCGUUCAAGUGUGACUACGAGGGCUGCGCCUGGGCGUUCCACUCGGACUUCAAGUUAAAACGCCACAAGGAAACGCACCUAAAACGCAAAGACUACGUCUGCCAGGUCUGCAACCGUCGGUUCACGACAGUGUACAACCUCUGGACCCACGAGAAGCUGCACUCUCGUCCCAACCGUAUCGCCUGCCUCGUCCCCAACUGUCUCGAACGCUUCCAGACGAAAAGAGCCCUUGAGAUCCACAUGAAGUCCCACGACCAAGAGCACGCGCCCUACGUCUGCAGUCACGAGGGCUGCGGCAAGCGCUACUACAGCUCCAACGCCCUGACCUCGCACCAGAGGUGCCACAGCUACAAGGAAGUCGACAUCAAGUGCGGCUGGUUGGGUUGCGGCAAGGUAUUCGAUAAGCCCUGCCGCCUGAAGGCCCACGUCAGGUGUCACACUGGCUCGAAGCCCUACUCCUGCACCUACCCAGGAUGCGGAUGGGCAUUUUCAUCAUCAAGUAAACUCAAGCGUCACGAGAAGAAGCACACGAACGAGAGGAAAUUCCUGUGCGAAUUCCCCGGCUGCAGCAAGGCCUUCAUGCGGUCUGAGCACCUCAAGGAGCACAGGCUGACACAUAAGGAGGGAAGAUUCUUCCAGUGCUACAUGUGCGACGCGAGCUUCUCCGCGAAGAGCAGUCUCUACGUUCACAUAAAGAAGCACCAGAACAGGGAGAACAACGGAAGUGUCCAGAAUGCCAGGGCGAGGAUAGGCUUGAUGGAGAGGAGGAUUGAGGACUCGGAGAGUGUCAAGACAAUCUGCGAGGAGUUGUCGGUGAAACUGGAGGCCUCAGCCCCUGAGGGGCAUCUCCAGGGGACUCUGGGUCCUCCCCAGAACGUCGGCAGGAUGAGGGUUGAGGGUGAUGAUGUCUGCAAAAGGGUCUGCCCUUCGAAGCUGUUGAGGGAUCGCGAUGAGGGGCAGAAUGGCCUCGUGGCUUCAUCGGAUCUCGAUUACGUUUUCUACGAGUGCGAGGGUCAGGAUGGGGUGGGAGGGGAGGGGGAGGAGGGAGCAGAACCCGAGCCUGAACCACCACCGAAGAUUGUGGGGAACGUUGCGAGGGGCAGAAGGGGCCAGGGGGCUGCCAGGACUGGGUUGACUUGUGAUGAUGUCUGGAGGAUGAAGAGGAGGAGCUCGGGAUUGAACUCGGUGGGACCGAGUGAUGUUGUUCUCGGGGGUGGAGACAUCGGGGAGGGCCUACUUCUGGGGGAGGAAUUACCCUCGAUGUUCUAUCAGGAGGAGCUGGGGAACGAGAAUGUGCUGUUGCUCGAGGGGGGAAAUGAGGGGACGAUUGGGCUGAGAGGGCUGGAGUGAUGAAUGUAUCUGUGAUGAUUGAUGAGUGGAUGUUGCAGCUUGAUUUUGUGUACAUCGUGGAUAGUUUUAAGAUUUUUUUUACUUUGAAUGGUUAUUUUGUAUUAAUAAAUGUUGAUAUUUUUGGA